CCAUCCAUCCAUCCAUCCAUGGCAAGCGUCGGCAGCGCGUCAGGUCGCUUGCCCUUAGCUUGGGUGCCGUUGCCCCACUGAACGUUCACCUGCCGCUCGAGGACAGCCUGUUUGUGAUCGCGCGUCCGAUCUGCCACACGCAAGGUCGGGCCGCAUGCGCGGGGCCUGAAGCCCGCCGGAGACCAUGGCCUACCAAGAACCGACGGCGCGGAACCUCAAUGGCGGUGCGUCCAACGGUGUGUCGAGUAGCCUGCUCCCGCAGUCGUCGUCCUACCUGUCGGGCGGCUACGGCGGCGGGGGAACGCUGUCAGUGAACCGCACUCCCGUCGAUGGUCAGCCGCCGCCGCUCAGCAACGGGCCGUCGUCCGCGGCGCCUGUGGCAGGAGAUUCGCGCUUCCCAGCCACACAUCCGCUGAGCGGCUCCAAGCACCUCUGCUCCAUCUGCGGCGAUCGAGCAUCUGGCAAGCACUACGGCGUCUACAGCUGCGAAGGCUGCAAGGGCUUCUUCAAGCGCACCGUGCGCAAGGACCUUACGUACGCUUGUCGAGAGGAACGGCGCUGCGUGGUCGACAAGCGGCAGCGGAACCGCUGCCAGUACUGCCGCUACCAGAAAUGCCUCGCGUGCGGCAUGAAGCGCGAGGCCGUCCAGGAGGAGCGCCAGCGGGCCAAGGACCGCAACGACAACGAGGUAGAGAGCACAAGCGGCGGCGUUUGCGUCGGCGUCAGUGGACCCGGCUCUCCGGAUAUGCCGCUGGACCGUAUCCUCGAAGCUGAGAUGCGCGUCGACCAGCCGGCGCCGUCCGUGCUGGCCGCGGACGCGGCCGCGUCGGGCCGCGAUCCCGUCAACAGCAUGUGUCAGGCCGCCGACCGGCAGCUUCACGAGCUCGUGCAGUGGGCCCGGCGGAUUCCGCACUUCGAAGAACUACCCAUCGAGGAUCGCACGGCUCUGCUAAAAGCCGGCUGGAACGAGCUGCUUAUCGCCGCCUUCUCUCACCGCUCUGUGGGCUCGCGAGACGGCAUCGUUCUUGCCACGGGCCUGGUGGUGCAGCGGCACAGUGCGCACAGCGCAGGCGUCGGCGACAUCUUCGACCGCGUGCUGGCCGAGCUGGUGGCCAAGAUGCGCGAUAUGGAUAUGGACAAGACUGAACUCGGCUGCCUGCGCGCCGUUGUGCUCUUCAAUCCAGACGCCAAGGGACUCCGCAACAUCGCCAGAGUCGAGGCGCUCCGCGAGAAGGUGUACGCUGCCCUCGAGGAACACUGCCGGCGCCACCAUCCGGACCAGCCGGGCCGCUUUGGUAAGCUGCUGCUGCGGCUGCCCGCGCUGCGCAGCAUCGGCCUCAAGUGCCUCGAGCACCUCUUUUUCUUCAAGCUCAUCGGAGACACUCCCAUCGACAGCUUUCUGCUCAAGAUGCUCGAGGCACCGGCCGAUCCCUAGCCGUCGAUCUUGAAAGGGUUGUUGCCGUCACAAGGUUCGCGACUGCAACAUCGCCAUCAAUAGAAUACAUAGGGUCUGUUCGAUUCGCCUGCACCACUGUGAACCAGUUCACGGAGGUUCACUAGAAGUUCAGAAACUGUGCAGCUCCAUGCCGGAGGUGCAGGCCCAGCGAAACACUCGAAACGAAUGCAAAGGUAGAGACGCGGUGUAGGCGUUAUGCUGUUAGACUAAUGUGCACGGAGUGCGUAAGUUUGAGAGGUCCUGAACUGCAGGUGUGAUCGGUUUCUGGGGCGAAAAUACCCACCACAGUUGCGUAGACACAUCAGAUGUGCGUAAGCAGGGUUUUAAUGGUGCUCGCGCCCGUGUGCUGCGUCGUCUGCUGCGCCGCUGCUUCGCACCUGUACGCCUGCACCAAGUCGGCACCGACAGUGGAGCGGGUGCAGCAAAAUCAUGAACCAGCCUUGUACCUUUCCUGAACCUUUUGAAACGAACGACUUGGUUCUGCGGGCGCCAUUGCUGCACCACUGAAACGAAUGGCAGGGUGCAGCACCUCGCGAACUGGUUCAAGUGGUGCAGGCGAAUCGAGCGUACCCAUAAUGUCUGCAGUGCCACGGCUGUUGCAGUUGUCAUGUUUGCAGACUCGAGUCACUGGGGAAUGUUUUGUGUGAUGCUUUCGACCUCAGUGCGCCAGGAUACGUUUGUUGCUCUGCACACAGCAGUGUGCUGGUAAAUAGCUGCUGUGUGAUUUUGAAUGCCGUUUUGGGAGGCGAAUGGACAACAAUCAUUGUGUAUCCAUGCUUUAGCUCGUACUGUAGUUUGUUCAAGGUUUCUUCUAAAUACGUGAGGCACAGCUGAGUGCAAGCUUGCAUGGCGAAGCGCCUCUUUUGCUGUUUGCUGAGCUAAGUGUUGUGGCAGUUACUGUACUAUAAGCUUAUGACAGCAGCACCUUGGAAACGUUUCCCGGUACCUCUGCCACAUGCCUUUCACCACCCUCACUGAGGAGGAAGGAUUUUUUGCCAUCUUGCCAAGAACUGUGUUCCGGAUCCUUUGCCAUUAUUGUCUGUUCCAUGUUGGUGGUCACUGUUUGAACAUAUUUAACGUGCUGGUUCGUUACGGAGCACUUGUAUGUUUCAUGAUAAUGUGUGAGUGUAGUAUAUUGAAUGCUGCUAAGAUUUGAGGUGCCUUUUCCAUAGCCCUACAAUUUGCCAUGUUGAAAAAAAUUUAUUGUUGCGCAUCCUGUUCUAAUUAGCUUGAUUACCAUAAUUGUGCUUGCAGAAUAGCCAGGUGUCCUAUGGUCUUUCAGCAUUGCAGUCUACUUGAACCAAUGUGCCAUAUAGUCAUUCUGAUAUUUUGAAAACCUAUGGGUUUGCUUCUUGCUGAAACAAAAACACUUAAAUUUAUUCCUUAUUAUAGCCAAACACAAGGGUGGCUAGAAUCACGUUAACACACAUUUUAUUUUUGGUGCUGAAACUUCACUUGUGUGUUUGUGCUAGUGCAUGCACGAAAAUGGCAGGCUACUGCUGCUGCAGAAUCCAAUAGUGGCAUCAUCCACAGCCAAGUGCUGCUACAAGCACACAACAUUUUAUGGUGAUCUAACUAGCUUAAUCACUUUCGAAUGUUGAGUGGCCUAAGGACAGAUAGCUUUAUUUCAUUUAAGCCGCUGAUUUCCAAAGUUGUAAUUGGCUCUUAGCAUUUAAGCUUUGACGCUUGUCGAGAACUUUUAUCAUUGGUAUGCAACACAUCAAGGGUUACCUACACUGCAUGAUAGCUUUCGUAAUAGACCUGUGGACUUUUAGCUGGCCCGUUGCUUUAAAAAAAAGUUGCUUUAGCUUUAGGAAAGCAUAUUAGUGGUGAAGGAAAAUAUUGUUUUGCCCGUUUUGGGUUUUUUGACUCUGCAUUUCAUUAUGUCAAAUGCAAAGUGUGUGUUUCACCAAUGAAGUGUUCUGUAGAUAUAAGUUUAAGAUCCUGUGAUUUAGAUGGUACUCAUUGGCAUUCAUGCAGUAGUUGCAUUAAUGGUACACUUUCAAACUGCAGAUGAGUCAAGUAUACAUGAAUUUUUUGUCAGUGUCAAUGUUUUUUUAGUGUGAGGUACGAAAAAUAUUUGUAAUAAGAAGUAUAAAAUUCCUUGCAGUGAACAGUGUAAACAUGUUCAUGCUUUGUUUGUGUACAAAACACUGUUUUAUAAUGUUUGCAGAAGUCUUAGCAAUUGUACUUGGGCUGUCUCUAGCGGUCUGAUAGUUAUGAAUGCAUACUUUUGCUGUGCUGACAUGUCACCCUGUUAGGUACAGGUUUUUGCCGUUGUUUUUAUAAUCGUUGAAGAUGGACUUGCAUGAGAGCUGUGCAUUUAUAUAUGGUACAGCUCUUGUAAUAGGUGGUUGAAGCAAAAAAAAAAAAAUUGACUACAAUAAUUUUGUAUGCAUCGGCGUCGCCACAUCUUGUCUGUUCAACACUAAAGCUGAGUUUGACAAUUCAGUUCUGUAAAAAAAAAUUAUCCGACGAUUACGAUACUCCCUAAUGCGAAAUUUGAGCGCAGCUCUAUACGUGUUUCCAUUUCGCGAUAUUUUGAAGCAAAGAAUUUGAGAGAGACAUGUAGCAGAGCCGGUAAUGGUCGAAAAUCUGAUCUGCGGAUCAAGCGAGCCGGCGUUUAUACAUGACUCGUCAAAGGUUCCAGUGUGAUCGCUGGUGCCGCAUGGCUUCCAGAAAGUACUAUACAAUUCGCAUAGCGCAUACAAUCAGAUUAAGAAACAAUCUCACGCAAUAACAACCAAAACAAGCGCGAACGAGACCGACCCAACAGAACCAAACAGGCGCGGGCGAGAGCUUUGGCGCGAGCAGACGAUAGUACGAAACGAGCGGAUCGGCUGAGACCAGACACGAGUGCGCAUCGAGCCGUAAGGAGGGUCCGCAUCACACCAGCAUCGCGCGCGCACGUCACUGAAGGGGCCGCUCUCAUUGGUCUCCGCCAUUCGCGGCUCGCGUCCUUCGUCUCCCACUCCAGCGAAGGGGGGCGGAGCUGGUUACGAGGCCGACAACGACGAUGCGAAACCCAGGAACGGACGCCAAAGAGCUGCGCUCUAAAAUUGGCAACGUGGACGAAGUUUCGUGAAAUGGAAGAAGUGUCAUCCGUGUGAGGGUAGCAUGAAGCUGAAUAGGAAACCGACAUGGUUUUCUCAAGAAAGUUUUGCAGUUGAAUAAUUCAUCCUGGAAUUGUGAUGGAGCCCAGGACCAGUGCUCCUCUGGGGUGAUAAGGAGGCUAGUAGAUUGCAGAGUGAGGCUGAAUUAAUUGACAGCUCGAAGCACAGGGCCAGUAAUGACAAAUCAGUUCUGUGGUUUGCUUUGCGACUUUGUUCUGCUGCUGGGUGGAUGGCAAUUUUUCCCUUUCGUGAGGCUGUAAUUAUGAAAUGUCACCAAUUUGAGAACACCAGUAGUGUAUCUUAAGGAGGUAUGUUUUUGCCUGUGUUUUAUUUUAAGAGGACAUGUAAAAAUAGAUAGAGAUUUUAUUUAAAGAUUAUGGGAGCAAUGUGCAGUUUGGCAACACAGUUUGUCUUCUGUAAGCAAAUUUUCUGCUUCCUCCUAAAUGAUUACCAAGCAUGUGUGCUUAUGGCAUCUUUGUUUGAAUUCUUGGUUUUGCUCUUUUGGGAUGAAUCAGUGUGUAGCCUAAAAGAAGGGUCAUCUUACUCCUUCUUUACUGCAACCUGCUGUUUCUGAGCCCUUUUGUCGUGGAGAUGCACUUCAUUGACAACACUUCACGUUCAAGCAGCAGUGCAUCAUUCAUUGUUGUAGUGAUCAUAGAGCAUCACAAUAUUUCCUUUACUUGCUGUACAUUAAAAAGAAAUGUUUAGUGUUAUCGUGAUGGUGAGCCAUCACACUAUUUAGUGCGCUUUACGUUCUCCCUUGUAUGGCAAUAUUGUGCAGGUGAGAAAAAUUUUAAAUGUUUUUAUGUUGUCCCAAAGCACCACAAUUUCAGCACACUCAAGUCCCAGUCACGUGAAUCUAAUGGAAAUAAAGGAGACUGAUAUGCUAAUAAAAUGUGUGUGAGGAUGGAGAACAUCUCAUCCACCAUAUUUUCUUUUCUCUCCUCUGUAUACCCAAUUUACUGCCAGUGUUCACAGGCACAAAACGAUGCCUGCCAGGCAUUGACUGUAGUGGCCAUCAGCUAACAGUUUGUUGAUAUGCAGGUAUAACUGCAUUUCAUACGAGGCCCACACCGAUUAGCAUUGGAGUAAUGAUGGGUAGGGCCCUUUUCCAUUGAAGGUGUCUCGCAACACGACUGUGUUGCUGUGACAAGAAGUUGUGUACUUUUGGUGGAGUUUCUUUAGGCAUUUGGUAAUUUACUAUGGCUGUGCCUCUUACUUUCUUUGGUAAGCUCAAAAAGGCUUUUCGGUUGGAGGGGAGACACUGCUGGCAUGAAUGUAGGUGUUUAUUAAGUAUGUAUAGACCAUGUUUAGUAUACAGGCUGUGCUAGGUCAAACUAAUGCUUUGUCUCCGCCCUUGCCUUUAAAUGUGGCUGAACUAAUGUAGCAGGCCCAGCCUCCUCUUUCCUCGUAUUGCCUCUCUUUUAGUGGAGUACUGACAGAAAUUUUUUGUCUCGUUUUCAUUGCGUUGUUGCAUAGCUGCCAAUGCAGCAAUUAGGCUAUGGAGCCUGAAUUUCCCGAGAGCUCAACAAAUAAUUACGCUGUCUUUUACUGUCUAGCAGCUGCCAAACAUGCAGCAUAUGAUACGCGAGCUUUCGAUAAAGACAAAGUGCCUCCUCUUCUCGUGACCAUUUGCCAUGGGUUGCAUGCCCCGGUUCAAGGCAGGAACCAGGGCCGAGGGCGUGCUACCGCCGUGGCUGAGCUCUCUAGAGAUGCAGUGCAGAUUUCCGAGGCCAGACAUUGACCAUUUCUCGGCCGACGUGCACAUUAUUUGUGACCCAUCUCACUCAUUUGCCGGCUAACGCCACAGAUGCGACCAGUUCAAUGCAUGUGCCAAGUGCAGUGCUCGGACGUGAAAAAAAUAGACUUGUAACAUUGUCAAAACCUGUUGUGGUGGUCUUAUUGUACCAGAUACAAGUGACAUGUACACACACACAAACCAAGUCCAUGCUGCCAGUAACCGAGUUCACUCGGCACUCGAUGGGACAACUGGGGAGGGAGGGCAUUUCCCCAUGUGUUUCCAAGAGAAGUGAACAGUUAGGCAGGCCAGUUUGACAGCUUUCGGCAACACGAUCAUUGUAUCGCUUUCAACCACUGCACCAGGUUGACUGGCAGGCUCUUAAAUUUGUGAUACCAGGUAACCACCACUUGUGCUUUUUUGGGAUGUGAUGAGUCUCCUAUUCCAUCCAAAGCUGCACUGUGCUUGGUGCACAUCUUGAAUGGGUUGUAUAAACGGUCCUGUCAUUAAUUAUAUGUGGCACUCUUGAGGAAUUGAUGUUUUGCACCCUAAUUAUGGAGUUGACAGCUAGCUAAAAAAGCAAGAAAAUGCGGGAUGAAGUUUGUGUAUUGGUACUCCUUUAAGAGUUAGAUGCAACUGUAACACCCCUCCCGCCCUGCCCAACAGAUAUAAAUUUGGCUAAGACUGUGCUUUUAGUCGAGUACGUGUGCUACUUAGAUAAAGGUGGCCUGUCUUUCAUGAGUUUGGAAUGCAAGGGUGCUCUGAUGGAGGAAUUUCGGUCUGCUUUGGAAAUCUAGUGCGUGGUGAAAGGUCAUGCAUGUUCUCUCUUCUCUGGCGUCCUCCAUGAUGAUUGUACUAUAGUCUACAGUGUUUAUCAGUCGACAUUGUUGGUGUCUGUGCAUAGGAUAUGCUGUUUGUAACUUGGGGCUUCAGAGUACAUUGACUGUCUAGGCCUGUAGUUUGUAGCAUUUUUUCCUUGUUUAAUUCUUUUCUGACUGUCACCGGCUCGUACUUGACCAUGUGGAUGCUAUCACUGAAGUCAGCUUCUCAACACAACACAUUGAAAAAACCUGGCCAUGGCGGCCGCAUUUUGGUGGGGGCAAAAUGUAAAGACGCCGGUGUCCUGCACGUUGGGGGUCCAUUAAAGAUCCCCUGCUGGUCAAAAUUAACCAGGAGUCCCUCACUACGGCUUGCCUCGUAAUCAAAUUAUGGUUCUGGCAUGUAAAACCCCAGAAUUUAUUCAUUCGCAUUGAAAAGAAUAGGAUCGAUGGAAAACAACUUUACAAGUUAGGCUCAUGAAUUGCUCUUCAUUCUAUAAAGUGUACGCACACAUGUCCAUAAAGGUCUUUGGAAUGCCGAGACUAUGAAAAAGCUCGAACACUUUGUCACCUAAGUGUUAAGGAGGCUUAGGUGUAGCCUGUGUUCAGGAAGCUAGGUGCACUACAUAGGCCCUGCACGCAAAUGCAGAAUGUGCUUGUCACUUCUAGACUUGUGCUCGGGCACAAAGCAUUUGAGCACCCUUUGCAGUUACCAUAAUCCAAACAUUUUUUUGUAGACCUUCGUGUACAGGAUGGAAAAUUUAAUUGAUUGGUAGCUAAGAAAGGUUGCUCUGCAAGUUUCAAGAGUGAAGUUUAGAAACAGCAGAAUAUGAGGAAAAAGAAUACGCUCAAAGUUGUCUUGUGGCUAAGCGUGCAGCCUGGGGUUGCUACGUCACUGCAGGAAUUCGGACAUCACAAGGGCCAUCGCAUUUAGCAUGGAAUUGCACGUUGCAGUGAGGCCGCCCCUAUUGCGACACGCGCACUAGGAGCAGAUUGCUCUUCCUAAUUUUAGGUACUAUGGCUAGGUUUUCAUGGUCCACAACCUUUUGGCCCUGAUAGUGCAUGAUGCAUACGUGCCAACUUGCUAAAAUCUGAUAGACACAACAAUAAAGGGAGGCGGAAGGAGGGAAUAAUAAAUUUUUAAAAUAUUUGCCCCGAGAGAAAGAGAAAGGUUUAAUGAUACGAAAUGCAGAAAGGUUGGCGUGAGUUUGCCCUGAACACACACACACACACCUUAUCUGGGAUACAUAUGCACUUCAUUAACAAUAAUUUACAUUUAGACAGAGCACACAAGCAGUGGAAAAAUUGGAAAAGCAGAGACUUAAGAACAACACAUUGUUCUUAGACUACGGUGUCUUUUUCAGUGUCUUUGCUUUUGCUGGUUUUACCUGGCUCAGGAACCUGUUUGAAUAAACUUGCUUUAAAGCAAGUA